AUGAAACUAGCAGUUCAGGUGCAAGCUCUGAAAGGUGCGAAUGGCGAAACCGUGUACGUUUUGAUGGCUGAUGAUGAAGAAAUAGAUUCGGAAACUGCCGAGUUGCUUGCUGCUUCUGUUGCAUCGGGUGAUUUUGACGUUGCCGAAUCGGGAAAACAGAAGGAGGCAUCUGCUGAUUCUGAGAAAGGCGAACAGAAGGAUCAGCAACGGCAACAGCAGCAGCAACAACAACAAGAAAAAGAGCACGAGAAGUGCAAAUCCAUUGAUGCAAAAGGCGAUGGGCAACUCGAAAUGGAGACGAUUAUGGCAGAAGACGAAGCAGCCACGGAAGAGUUCAUUAUUUCAUCUGAUUGA